AUGCGAUUAUUUCAGGGCAUCCUCAAAAACAUCAUUUUCCGCAUCGACCCCGAUACAGGCAAGAUUGACGAGUAUCCUAUCCCCUUCACUACACCCUUGGACCCAACGCCUAUCAAAUUGCCUGGGGUUGCCAAGUCGAUUACUGAUCGUACUGCAUUGAGCUGUGCGAUCAGGAAGGGCGCAGAUGGAAAUCUCUACGCUGCAAAUGGUAUCAGGAACCAGCUCGUUCGUAUCAAUCCAACAACCAAGCAGAUCGAUCUUUUCCAGAAUCCAGAAUCCAACAUCGCUGGAAACCUUCAACCAUUCAACGAUUUAUACACCUCCAAAACUGGCAUGUAUGUCACAGCAACGACGGGAAACACGUUUGCCAUAUUCAAUUACGCGACUGAAAAAUUCACCACCUACACCAUCCCAACACUAGCCUCCUUGCCUCUAGGACUUAUUGUUGCUUCCGACGAGAGAGUCUACCUGGCUGAGUUUGGUGCCAACCAAAUCUUGGUAUUUGACCCAAAGACUGAGCAGAUUGACGAAUAUCCUCUGCCUGAGCCAGCUCAGUUCCCUACAGUAGUUCGAGCUGAAAAUGACGGCUACGUUUACUUUGCGCUGUUUGUUGGAAACGGCAUCGGUCGCAUCAAUAUGAAGACAUACAAAAUCGACAUUUAUCAUACCAAUCAGCUGGGCCUUAUAGGUGCCGAGAACACAAUCGACUCAAAAGGCGGCGUGUGGUACAGCGCAUUCACUGGCAACGUCUUGCCUCGCCUCAACACAGAUACCCUCCAGUAUGAUUAUGUCACUCUACCGAUCGGCCUAGGCAAUUUGGGUGUCACAGGUCCCUUGGGUGGACUUCCCCCAGCCGUGGACGUCGCAGUCAACUAUGGACCAGGGGAUGCAGUCUGGUUUACCUCAAUUCUCACGAACCAGGUGGGACGGUACAACCUCACGGGCUUGUAUUGA